CUUUUCUUUGCCUUUUUUUUUUCGUCAUCAUGAGAUAGCAACGGUGGACUUGUAGACUAUACACUGUAAAAAGUUCGCAAGACUGCAGGAGCAACCAUCCCAGUCUGAAGUACGCUCGGGGAUCUAUUGAGGAAUCAAAGAGUUCGCCGUAACCUUCGAGUGACGUCAUCUUAGAAGCCCAGGAAUAAGAAGGUCCUAUCCUUCUACAUCUCACUGCUGGACGCCUGUGAAUUGUGCGGGCGUGCCAAGGAACAAAGAUGGCGGCGGAGUUUUCCCUCAUCGCCACACUGAUGCUCGUGGCGCUGGCGUCGUGGCCUGAGCUGUGCCAAUCGAAACCGACGCACAGUCGCGGUCGCAGUUCGAACGCCAACGCUGGUCAAUGCGACAAGAAGCUACUGCCCAAGCGUAGCGUGGUGUGCUACGUACGGCCAGACGACCCCCACUUCGACCUCUCCAAGCUGAACCCUUGCCUCUGCACGCACGUCGUCUACGGAACGCUACAGAUCAAGGGAGACCUCUCGCUGGGACCCUUCCUCUACGGUAACCUGACGGCUCUGAGCUCGAUGCGCCGCCGUAACCGACGGCUGGUGCCCAUGGUCGAGCUUCGGGGUCUGGACCACGUGGAGCAGGUGCCCACCGAGGAGCAGUUGGUGCACCUGGCGCAGCAGGUCUCCCGCAAGGUGGCGCCGACCGGACCGCGCGGUCUGGACGUCGACUACCAGCUGCACGGCGUCGACUACCAGGUGGCCAUGGAACAGAGGCCCGUGCUGGGACAGUUCUUGCACCACUUCCGGCAAGAGACACCAAUCCAGCACCCGGUCGUGACGGUGACCGUGGCCAAGGAGCCGCACCUCGUGAACCACGCCUACGACUUCAGGACGCUGGUCAAGAACGCCGACUACGUGAACGUUCCGGCCUUCAUGUUCCACGACGGGCAGCCCGAGUACGCCUCGCAUCCCGCACCACUGCACGGAGACCGGGGAGCCAUGGACAACACGGACUCCCUGGUGAACCUGGUGCUGGCUAUGGGCGUGCCCCGCCAGAAGGUCGUGGUGGGAGUUCCCAUGUUCGGCAUGACCUACAGGCUGGCCGACCCAAACAUCGCGGCCAUCGGGGCUCCGCUGUACCACGGACACGACGACUCUUACCAGUUCAACCACCCGCAGUUCUGUGCCCUGCAACACAACCUGAAGUUCAGCGUUGAGCGCGACGCCGACCUGACGGCUCCCUACGCGGUGAGCGGAGACGCCUUCAUGGGAUUCGAGGACGAACUCAGCUUGAGGCUCAAGGGCAAGUACAUUCAGGUGCAGGACCUGGGCGGCGCGUACGCGUACGCCGUCAACGACGACGACACCCGCGCCGUGUGCGGACAGGGACACUUCCCGCUGCUGCACAGCCUGCACGAGGGCAUCACGGGUGUGGUGCACGGCGCCAGAGGGCGGAUCGAGUACGUGCCCACAAACACCGAGACGCGCAUCGUGCGCAUCGUCGACCAGCAGGGCCACAACCUGCACGUCGAGGGCCUCAACUCGUACAGCGUCGCCGGCUUCACGUGCACCCGCGGCGGCUCGUACCGGCACCCGCAGGACUGCUCCAAGUUCUUCCGCUGCGUGAAGUACGACCAGCGAAAGCACGAGUACACCGUGUUCAUCUUCGACUGCCCGCCGGGACUGGUGUUCGACGAGAAGAUCGAGGUCUGCAACUGGCCCUCGUGGUCCGAGUCCUGUCACGGCUCCGGCGAGGUGUCCGCCACUCCCAAGUCGGCCUUCCACUGUCCCGGCCUGGGCUACUACCAGGACCCCGAGAACUGCCGCCACUUCUACUUCUGCGACGACGCGUACGAAAACGGCACGCUCACGGCGUUCGACAUGCGCUGUCCAUACGGGCUGGGCUUCGACCCGAACACCUUCAGCUGCAACUACCAAGCGGUCACUCCGGGCUGUAAGGGCUACUCGGGCGUCGUCCAGCAGGCCCUGUUCGGGCCGUCCCUGUACGGUCCGGGCGAGUUCUACCACACGCCGAGGGGCUCGCCCUCCGGAGGCGUCCCCCUGCUUCCUGCACACGUUCAGAGACCUCAACCGUUGGGCCUGCACGGCGUCUCGGUUGCCAGUGGCGUCAUCCCGUCGGAGAUACACCUGCAGGCGGCGCCCACCUUCCACCAGCAGGUCCAUCCGAUCGUCAAGAAGAGCGCCUUCCACCGGCCAUCCCACGUGCAGACCAGGGACAUCCCAGCUCACUUCCUGCCCGCUGCCGCCUUGCAGGGACCGCUCGGGUCGCCGCACUAUCCCGAAAUUCAAAUCGAGGCUCGCGUCAUACAGUCUCCCGCGGAUAUCCAUGGUCAGGGUCUCUACUACGGACAGCAGGUCUACCCGCAGCAGGUGUACCAACAAGCACCGCAGCCUCCCAAGCCGACCGUUGGUUACGGCGGCCUUCAGGUGACCGUGCCUCAGGCAACUCAGGCUCCGUUGCUGCAGCAUCCCGGGACCGCCGUCUACGGCCAAGGAAGUUACGGCGCCGCCGGACAGCUUCCGCCCGGAACGUACAGGGUGCCGCAGGCCAGCAUUCCGCCGCCGCCUCCGCCGCCGCCCAAGUUCCAGCUGCCGGGAGUCCAGUACGGACCGCCCGAUGUGCACAGGAACUUCGACCACACGCUGUCGAACCUCUACCGCACACACAUCGUCCAUGGGCCGGGUUCGAGUGCGGCGUUCAUUCCGGGACCACCGCAGCUUCCUCACUACUUCAGGCCGUACCAGGAACUGCCCAGGGCGCUGUCCUACGCACCGCAGCUCGACUCCGGCUUGAGGACCCUGUCCGGACCUUACAGCAGCUACAUGAGAUACAACCCUGCCACGUCCUUCUACGGAGGCUACGCCGGCACCUACGAACGCAAGGCGUUCUCGCCGCCCCUCGUCCGACCGUCUUCGCGCAUCCGGUACGAGACGUUGCCGCCAGCGCCACAGUACACCGGCUCUCCGGACGACUCGUACUUCGCCACGCAAAAGCCGCAGGUCGGAACCAACUCCUUCAUAUUCGGCAACCAGGGCGUGCCGCAGCCUCAGCAGCGUCUCGACGGCCUGACGCAGGUGGUGAGGACCAGGCUGCCCUUCGGCUCGGCCAACGUCUACCUCUUCAACCCGCUCACCUUCAUGAACACGAACUUCCGGCAAGGCGUGACCAUGUUCGGCUCCAACUACCUCUUCGGAGACAGUCAUCACAUGUUCCCGCUGAGGGCGCCGGACCCGCCCAAACCCACGGUGCCGACGCUGCCGCCCACGAGGCCGCUCAACUUCGCGCCAAAGCUGCCGGAGACGCGAACCGUACCGCCCCUGGGAGUCGGAUACGGCGGUCCCGGAGGAACUCAAUACACGUACACGACACCACCGCCACAGCCUUACAGAAAAGACGACGACGAGCUGAUCUCCCUGGACGCCCUGACCAAUACCAGGAGUCGGCCGCCGGUGCCGGCACCUCCCGCACCGCUGGGCCAGCCGCCACUUGCAUCGCAGUUUCCCAAGUACUCUCCGCCGACCUAUACGUCCGCGCCCCUGCCCCCACUGCCGCCGGCUCCUCCACAGAAGCCGUCGUUCUCCUUCUCACCGGGCCAGAACCUUCCAACCAGAACCUUCCAACCGCCGAUUCCUACUCUCCAACCCGCCGGCCCGAUCCCGACUUUCGCAGCCCUGGCUCCGAAACCUCCGGCACCGACCGUUCCCCUGCCCAGACCCAUACCGCCCACUGUCGCAACCCAGGCACGAAGGCCAGCAUUGCCUCCGCCACCACCGCCGCCGCCUCCACCACCUCCAAGACCCACGUACACCGUGCCGAUUGCCCAGCCACCCGCGCCCACGGCUCCAGUCGUCCUCUCGGAACCCGCAGUGUCCGAGCCCGCUCCUGCGCCCUUUCCCACCCAGCCUUCUACGCCUAAACUCCCGCCGCCGCCGCCACCACCACCACCACCACCACCUUCAUCACCGACCACGACUGGCAGCGUCAGCAAGCCGCCCGCCCAGUACUCCGUCAACAAGCUUGUGGUCGACGAGCGCGACCCGCUCAUCACCAACGUCAAGCCUGUCCUGCACACGGCACCGCUCGACGACCCGCCGCAGUCCAUCAUCCAGGAGCUGCAACAGGUCCUCGGCAGGAUGCGACCGGGAAGCUACAAGAACCCGGUCAUCACUCCCAUCGAGCAGCUCCUCGAAGAGGAGGAUGACCAGGCCGUCAAGCUCGUCGUCUCCGAGAAGGGUCCGCCUGAACUUCCGCACGCGGGACCUCGCGUUUAUGACAAGCCCGCGAACCCCGUCGAAAUCCUCGAUCCGCAACUGCUCGCGCACUCGGUCCAGAAGCCCCCGUCCGCCCAGCAGUCCGAGGCCACCGUCGAGGACAGCCCGCCCCCCGACAAGUCCUCCAUCUUCCUCAAGGGGAAGACCCUGGUCGAGAACAUCCAGUCGACCAACAGCGUGCCAGCCGACGGCUUGCAGCAGGAGCUCAAGGACAAAGCGUCCAAGAUGUCCACCAUACCGGAAGCGGCCUGCACCCGUGUUGGCCUCUUCCGGCACCCGACCGACUGCAGUCGCUUCUACGAGUGCUACUACGACAAGUGGCUGCAGAAGUACACGGUGCACGAGUUCGAGUGCCCCAUCAAGCUCGCCUUCGACAGCUCCGUGUCGGCGUGCAGCUCCGAUGGCUACGACAAGCUCUGCAGCAGAAAGGCUGCCGCGAAGGCAUAGUGAAGGAACAAGUACUGCGCACACUGCAUUGUUGGAGGGAGCAUGUGCAAUCACUCUGUACAUUGUCAUCUACAUAUGCGCACGUACACAGGGUCACACUGAAUGUGUUGCAGCCAGGAGGAAUGCACAAAAUGGAAGUAUCCUUGGUCGCGACGAAUGUUUGGUUAACGUCGCGGCCUGGAGUAAUUCCACGGACAUCCUCCGCGCAGCGACAGUCGCAAUGAAGCAGGUGCAAAUAGGUGACAAGUUUCUAAGAGUGAUAGCAAUAAUACUUGUACUUAAGCUCGAUGAUCAUGUGGGCAGAAUGCAGCAUAUUUGCAAAUUUUGCUAACAUUAUGCGAAUGAGAUCCUGAGAUGCAAUUCUUUCAGAAGGUUGACAGGAUAAAAUAGGGGUGUGAUGGGCAUCAGCAAUGUGGAACGUCUUGGCUUCUGCUUGGGCAUAUGUAAGACCUAGGACCAGAGCACUGACCACUAAGUGAAUUUUGCAAGAGACGCUGAUGACCAAGCUCUCAUGUGUGCUCCGCACCAACUGCGUGUGUAGUAGUGUUAUAGGAGCAAAUGCACUGUUGCUCCCAAUGUAAUACCAUGCUGCUAAAAGCAUUGUCUAAUGUUACAUUAGUUAUGUUAUGUUUCUGUUCAAAUAUUUACUUUUACAUCACUUGCUUUGAGUCAUCCAUAAGAAGUAUGUAUGCAGAGCACGCAAGAACAUUACAGUACAACAGAAACCUAAAUACAAUAUUCCGAAAACUAAAAGGAGACUAGGUCUAGAGUCACGUAAAGCUGCUGCGAAACAUGACUGAAAAUUACUGGCCUCAAAAUUAAGUACUCCAGAGUAAGAGUGAUUGUAACGAGGUUAAUCCCACUAUCUGGGCAAAGCCGUCUUCUAGCAUACUGUUGAAUGAACUCGCAAGCACGUCUGAUGCCAGAAAAAUAAGUCCUCCAAAGUCGUGCAACAACACGGUCAUUUUCAUAUGUGCUUCUCAUGUCACAGCGCUUCUCAUGUCAGUUACAAACAUCUCGCCACAGGUUACUGCACCUGUUCUUGACGUGCACACACCUGUCAAUGAAGCACUCAAGGUGGCAGCUACAUUAAUGAAACAUGGCAUCAAUGAAUCCACGGUGGUUAUUUUGUUGUUACGUUGCAUAGUGGUGUUGCAGUUGUUGCAAAUCAUGUUAUGUUACAGAAAUAAAAGGUUUGUUUUCUCAUAAA